GAAAACUACGAUGACCCCCACAAGACGCCCGCCUCCCCCGUGGUGCAUAUCCGGGGGCUGAUCGACGGCGUCGUGGAGGCCGAUCUCGUGGAGGCCCUGCAGGAGUUUGGCCCCAUCAGCUAUGUGGUGGUGAUGCCCAAGAAGAGACAAGCCUUGGUGGAGUUCGAGGACAUCCUCGGCGCCUGCAACGCUGUUAAUUACGCGGCCGAUAACCAGAUUUACAUUGCUGGUCACCCUGCUUUUGUCAACUACUCCACCAGCCAGAAAAUAUCCCGCCCCGGGGACACGGAUGAUUCCAGGGGCGUCAACAACGUCCUGCUUUUCACCAUCCUCAACCCCAUCUACUCCAUCACGACGGACGUGCUGUACACCAUCUGCAACCCCUGCGGCCCUGUGCAGAGGAUCGUUAUCUUCAGGAAAAACGGUGUCCAGGCCAUGGUGGAGUUUGACUCGGUGCAGAGCGCCCAGCGAGCCAAGGCAUCCCUCAACGGGGCCGACAUUUACUCCGGGUGCUGCACGCUGAAAAUCGAAUACGCCAAGCCCACGCGCCUCAACGUUUUUAAGAACGACCAGGAUACUUGGGACUACACCAAUCCCAACCUCAGCGGACAAGGUAAUCUCCGAUGA